AAUGAGUUGAGUUUAAUGCUAUGCUAGCCAACAGUUAGCUUCCAAUCUAAUAGUACUCGCAGCGACAGACAGUCUCCAAAAUGCAGAGGCUAGAGGAGGGCCACGAAAGGGAUUUAAGAUCCAGCUGUUAGAUGUGUUGACUGGUUCCUCAUCAUACAGGCAACUGUAAGGACAGAAUGCCAGAGAUGACUGAAACUCAGACACCUGGUCGUAAACCUAAAAAGAAGAAAAACAAAGAAUCUCACAAUGCAGUUGAGAGACACAGAAAAGAGAAGAUCAAUGCUGGGAUUAACCGCAUUGGUAAUCUUCUCCCCUGUUCCCAGGCACUUAAGCAGAGUAAGAACAUGAUCUUGGACCAGGCUUUUCGCUACAUCACGGAGCUGAAGAAACAAAAUGACACAUUUCUUCUGGAAGGAGGAGAUAAAGUGCAAGCGGAGGAGAUCCGUCGGCUGCGGCGUCAGAUGGACGAGAUGAGGAGAGAGAGUGAUCACUACAUCGACCUCCUCAAAUCCAAUGAUAUUUCCAUCCUGGAAGACCCCACAAUUCAGUGGAAGGGCAAACAGCGAUCAGCCAAGGUAGCAAAGGUGACCCCCACUCACCAACUCCCAAAGGGGAUCAUCGUCUACCCCAAUGUGAAGGAGACCAGCCCAGCAAAACAGCCCUCUGAAACAUUAUUUCUCCAACCGCCUCCUGAGGGCGGGGCCAGGCUGAGGGUUAAUGGAACCCUCCUACAAGUUAAUACCUCCUCAUCCACCCCUGCACUUCUCCCCGUGUCCACUGCCAUCCAGUCCACACCGGGCCUGAGGAUGAUAGAGCAGUGUGUGGUGGAGGCCCCGGCUGCAGCCCCUUCUAUGCCACCCUCUGUGUCUUACAUCACCCUCCAGAUCCCUGCAGCCACCACAGCCCUUCCCCAACAACCGCAGCCUGCCGCCCCGGCCCCCACCUUGGCCUCACAGCUCCCCACUGUAAUCCCUGCUCAACCAGUGUCCAACUUCACCACCUUUACCCAGGCUGUCACCACAUCCAGAGCCUCGGAGCUUUGCUCUUGGGUCACACAGGACACUGCCAUGAGGCCUGUGAGCUACACUGCCAUCCCCAACAGCCAAGCCCUCCUCCGGGCGGGCGCGGCCGGUAGCACUCAGACCACCUGGACGACGCUGCAGAUGGCAGGAAACACAGUGCAGCCAGUCUGUCAGAGUCUCCCAACCCAAGACGUCAUGAACACCACCCAGGCUGUCCAGCAGGUGACCGUGUGUCCGAUGGGCAACAAAGCCACCGUUCAGCCUAUUCAAAUACAGAUGCAACCGCAUGUGCCUGUUCAGCAAGCACCCAUUACAGCCCACAUUCAAGCGCAGCCCUUUCAGGGAGCUAUCCUGAACAAGCCUCAGUCGAUCCUUGCCCCCCAACAACGCUGUGCUGUCCUCUCCCAGUCAGCCAUCGCUCCCCUCCCUGCGGUCGGGCCGUCGCAGCCCCAGCCUGCUGUCCUCCAACCAGCCUCUUUGGUUCCCCAGGCAGCCCUCAUCCCUCCCCAGUCUGCCCUGGUGCCCCAGCCCCAGGCCACGGUGCUGCCUCUCCUUCAGACCAUGCAGGUGCUGCAGGUCAACCCAACUGGAGGGAUGUCCUCGGGUGUGACAGCCUCACAGAACACCAACAACCCGAGCGUGGUCAUCCUGCAGCAGGCCAGCUCCUGCCCCACGCAGUCUGUUGUGAGGGAGGAAAUAACCAAUCAGACACCGUGUCAGCAUAUUGUAAUCAUCCAGGCACCCAAUCAGGUUGCGCCCUCCUCUCAGAAUCCUCAGGUUGGCAUGGUGCCAGCAGCCGCUGCACUUCCUGUCGUGUCCACUCACAUUCCAACAAGCAGCAGUUCAACGUCGGUCGCGUCCUUACAGAGCGUGGUGGGGAAGCAGCUGGUGCACAUCCUCCCUCGCCCUCAGAUGAACCUCCCGCUCCAGGUCUCCCAGGCCUCUUCCUCCUCCCCAUUGGUUCCUUCGGCACCGCAGACCAUCACUGUGAACGGCCAGGUGUUUGCCCUGCAGCCCAUGAAGACCUCUGACAAAUCCAGCACCCAGGCUGCCACGCUGCAGCUGAUCCAGCCCACCACUACGGAAGAACCAACGACUAACGUGGCCCUCAACAGUUUGGGGGCGCUCAGCAGUCUCAAUCAGAGCAUCUCUCAGGGCAUUCCACUCACACUUUCUAACAGCGGUACGCCCCACGCUGUACCGCCAUUAGGAGUCCAGCAGAAGCAGCUUCCUGCUCCAGCGUCAAACACUCCUGCUCUACCUGCACGCCAGCUACAGGUCCCUUCUGUAACACCAGUCAAAUCAGGGCUUAAUGCCUCUAAAACGCCCGGAAAGAGGCUUCGCACAAACACAAAGAGGGCUACAGCCAAAAGGACUAAACCAGCCAAGAAAAAAGAGCUUAGUCCAGCACCUCCUGCUGCUGCUGUGUCAGCCCAGCCAGUGGUUGCUGCAGGAGGUAGUCAGAGUGUUCAAGUCUCAGCACCUCAAGUUUUAAAGUCUACGUCCACUAUAAGCGUCACAGACAUCCCCCCCACCUGCUCCACAACUGUCACAACCACAGAGAGUAGAGAAGCUGAAGGGAAAGCCACCGCGACACAAAACACUCUUGUGUGUUCAUCGAGUGUGUCGACUCAGUCUAAAGCCCCUGUCACUCAGACUGACGCUGUACUCACUCACGCUAACACUGCUGUAGCGGCUAAUGCUACAUUGGUUAAGCCAGCCGUUGAGAGUAAACCAGCUGUUCCUACGGUAACCAAGCCCUCAGCUCCAGAUGUUAAGAAGCCGACCAGUUCAGCAGCUAGCUCAUCACAAAGCAAGUCUGCUGCCACCCCUGCUGCUUCCAAACAGAGCAAAUGUGUGGUCAGCUCUGCAGGGGAGACACUUUAUACUCCCCCCAUGGCUUCUACUGCAUCCCUGACCCCAGUCUGCAUCCCCCCAUCAACAGCACCAGUAUGUUUAAAUCAGACAACCCAAACCACUUCAGUAAGUCGUCCCCAGGUGGCGAAUACCCAAGAUCCUUUGCCCUGCUCUAAAGCUCAGUCUCAGCCCGCCUCCUCCCCCUCUGCGUCCUCACCUGCAGUCACUUACUCUGCAGCCCACAGCUCUGAUACAGCUCCUUCAACAGGCUCCGAGUUUAGAAAAAAGGUCUCCACCAGUCGGGCUGACAUCACUAUGCACAACCCCUCCACCUGCAAUCCAGCUGAAGUCAAACCUCCCCAGCCGGCUAGAAGAGACAGGGAGGCAGAGAGAGGCUCCACAGCAGCGGAGAAAGACGGCUUCAUGGCGGCGGCUUCUGUCCCCCCCUCUCGUAAGGACUUCCCCUCGUCUCAGCAGGUGUACACUAACCUUGACGAUCAAACGAUAGAGCUCCCCAGCAGACAGACGGACUCCCCCAUGUCUGCAGGGGCCGGGGGAGGCAGAGGGUUCUCUGUGGCCUCCAUGCUCCCCCAGGGUCACACAAUCAGUGCGUCCUCCAGCUCAUUCGGCACCUUUACCUUCACUUCGGAGCAGGCAGAGAUGCUGGCCUUGGCGAUGCUCGAGCAGGACAGUCCGGGGCGGCGCAGUGGAAGCUGCUCCGGCAACAUGGCCUCAACAAACCCCCCCGCAGCCACAUGGGAGCCCCCGAAAACCCCGGCAGUGUCUAGCAGUAAAGAAAGGAGCUCAGGUGGACAGCAGGGAAAAGCGACUAAACCCAUGGACGCAGUGAAACCAGCUGUAUCAGUCAGGGGACCGGCUGGUGAGGGGCCCAGACAUCAACAGAACAUCUCAUACGGCCAGUCCCUCCCCCAGGUCCAGCCUCAGAGCUCCUCUCAGAGCGGCACCAGCCUCAGCGUCAACAACCUGAUCCGGCCCAGCUCCACUCAACAGCCCUACCCCGCCUCUCCGCGUCUUGCUGGACAACAGGGCUCAGUCCCCUCCCCUGUAGGAACCCACGUAUCCCAACCCCUGAACAACGCCCUCCCUCCCUGCUCAGGCGCAGCCCAGCUGAACGAGUACACCCCCUUAAAGACGGCGUUGAUGAGGGCUGGAGUCGGGGUCGGCGAGCGGCAAGCGAAGAUCAUCUCCAAGCGGCAGGCCCAGGAGGAGGUGAUGCUGAACACCGGGAAGCGGCCAAAGCCUUGCCCUCCGUCGGUUACCACAGUUAGCCAUAUGGACGUCAAAGUGCCGGACCACGGCCAGAUGAUGGUGGGACAGCUGCCCCCCACAUCCUCCUCUGUCAUGACCAGGAUUAACCCAGAAAGCGGCCCCCUCUUCUCCACAAACUCCUUCAUGAGCCCCGUAGUUCGUCCCUCAGAGGGCCACUGCGCCCCUCAAGAGCAGAACCAGCCGGGGGUGCUCCACCUGCCUCAGGGUCAUCCUCAGCACGCUGUCCCCCAGCUCGGCCAGCACCUGGGAGGAAACCUGUACAUGAAGCAGCAGCAACAGGAGCAGCAGAGACACCACCUGUACCAUCUGCAGCACCACCUGACACAACCUGAUCCCGCACAGCGCCACUCCCUCCACCAGAGGGCGCUCCAGCAGCAGCAGGAGCAGCAUGUGCAGAAGAAGAGGGGGCCUGUCCGAGGGAGUCAAACAUCUGCCUCCCUGCAGCAGAAGCAGCACCACCUGGAGAAGUCUGGAGUCCAGCAGCACGCACACCAACAGCAGCACCAACAGCACACACAGCAGCAGCAGCAGCAGCAGCAGCAGCAGCAGCAGCAGCACCAACAACAGUCCCACCAACAGCACCAACAGCCCCCACAGCACCAACAGUCUCAGCACCAACAGCACCAACAGCAGACACACCAACAGCAGACGCAGCAGCACCAACACCAGCAGCAGCAGCAGCAGCAGCAGCAGCAGCAGCAGCAGCAGCAGCAGCUCCAGCAGCAGCAGAGCUCUCACUCCAGACACCAGCAGCACCUGCAGCAGCAGCUCCAGCAGCAGCAGCAGCAGCAGCAGCAGCAGCAGCAGCAGCAGCAGCACUUCAGACUCCAGGAGAAGAGCUGCGAGGCUGCAGGGCCCAGGGGCCACCACAGCGGACACCUGGCCCCGCAGGAGCACCUCAAGCCCGGUCAGGACCACAACACUAUGCAGAGGAUGAUGAGCACGCACACUCUGGAGCAGCAGCUCAUCCCUCCCCCGAGUAACCCAGUGUCCCGCCCCCCUUCCGACCCGUCCUGCGCUCCGUCCCGGCAGGAGCGUCACCGCGUCUCCAGCUACUCUGCGGAGGCGCUCAUCGGUAAAACCUCGACCAGCGGCGAGCAGCAGCAGCGCAUGGGGCUCCACCUGCAGCCUGGCCGCGGCGCCGCACAGGAGCAGCCGGAUCUACGCGGUUACUUGGACACGUCGCGAGGGAAGACCAACAUCGCUCACAACCCUCAGAACCGCCUCCCUGCGGAGCAUCCGGGACCGGCUGACGUUCAGAGGGUCUCUGAGUGUCCGCCAUUCAAAGCUAUGGGAGGAGGGGGACACCAGCUGGGUGGUUUCGAGGUCCAGGUGUCUCGUGGGAGUGACAUGGCGGCUAAGUCGGUGCCGACCUCCCAGAGGGGCUCUCAGGGGCAGCAGCAGGGUGGGUUCAGGAUGGGUGUCGGCCCUCAAUCAGACGGGAGGAACCGCUACAGUGCCGCUCAUCCCGGCUCACAGGGAGUACAGGUGGGACAGGAAGUGUGUCACCAGAGCUUCAUGCAGAGCCUCCUCUCCCCCCAUCUGCCCGAGCAGAGCAACCACCAGCGGGUGCAGUGCUGCCCCCCCGUCAGCAUGGAGUACAGCUGUGUCAGCUCUGCAGGAGACAUCCAGGCCAAGAGCCCCAGCGUCCCCCAGACUCAGAAGGCCCCGGCCAUGCGGCUCGGAGAGGGUAACAAGGGCCAGAUAUCUCAGGUCAGCAGUAAUAUGCAUGGAGGUGUGCGCGCAGGUCUCCCCCACCCUCCCCCCCCUCACAGCAGCUCCGAACCAGGCCGCUCCUCCGCCCCCUCCAGACCCCCCUCCGCUGUAAGCCAGCACUCCCGCCACAUAAACAGAGACACUCAAUCCACGAAGCUGAGACCGGGGGACCGGCCCCGGUCGGGCACUCUGAGGCACAGCAACCCCUUCGAGCCCGAGGGCCACCUGCCUCUCCCCUCGGGUGGGGGGGUGCUGCUGGGCAGGCCCCAGUCUGGAGGGGAGGCGAGGCGCAGCACUAUCGUCCGCUUUAUGGCAGACGGAGGUCAGGUUCCCGGCGACAACAACCUGGUUCCUGACCAGCACCUCGCACAGAACUUUGGUUUCCCCUUUAUCCCUGAAGGAGGCAUGAAUCCCCCGCCUCCCAUCAAUGCCAACUCCACCUUCAUCCCCCCCGUCAGCCAGCCCAACACCUCCCGUACCCCCUCCCUCCUCCCAGUGGAGCCCCAGAACACUUUACCCUCCUUCUACCCCUCUUAUUCUACCGCCGCUCACCCCAGCCUCCCCAGUGACGUCACCCUCCAGUACUUUCCUAAUCAGAUGUUUACGAGCCCGAGCAACGACAAGGGCAGCGCCACUCCGCUCAACAACCGCUUCGGCUCCAUCCUCUCCCCCCCUCGCCCCGUUGGUUUCGGACAGGCCAGCUUCCCCCUGCUACCCGAUAUGCCUCCUAUGCCCAUCGCCAACUCUUCUGGGAUCACCCCGCACAUUUCCAACUUCAGCCUCACCUCCCUGUUCCCUGAAAUCGCUACGGGGAUGCCGACUGACGGCUCGGCCAUGCCCAUGUCCCCCCUGCUGUCUCUCUCCAACCCCUCGGCUGCAGACUCGGGCAAACAGCCCAACCGCCCGGCGCACAACAUCAGCCACAUCCUGGGCCACGACGGCAGCUCAGCCGUGUGAGGGAGGCCUCUGCUGCUUCUAAACUCAUGUUCUGCAAGAUGUGUUCACAAAGCGGUGAUGAAGACACAAAGUCCGUCUGAUUGUUUACAUGUUCACAGUUUCAAUCUCAACAUUUGGCAUCUGUAUGAUGUCGAGGUCAUAAUUUGUAAUAUUUCAAGAAACGCUGUUGGUUAAACUGACUGUUUGGUAGAAAACAUUAAGUCUAGGUUGAAUUUCUGGGUCAUUAAGGAACCUGCAGUUACCCACCGAUGUAAUUUACUAACUUAUAUCAGGUUUUAUUGUACAGAAUGUUUUUUUCCCCCCAAGAGCUAUUUUGUAAAUACCAAUGUUUCAUAUCAGAAUUGCUAGAUUAUGUAUUUGUAAAUACAAGAUUGAUUAAUAAAGUUUAUAA